AUGUGCGCGAGGCAGGAGCUGUGUGAGCCGGAGAAGGUGUCUCUCAUUUGCAGCCUACUGCACCAGUCUCCUCCUGGGGAGUUCGGGCAGGUUGUCCAAGAUCUCUCUGCUCUGGUACAAGAUGACAAGCUGGUGAGGCAGAAGGCUGCCCGCGUGGGGGCUUGGCACAACAAGAACAACCUCACUCCUGUCCAAAUAAACGGGCGCACUGUACUACUGACCUGCUACAAUGACUUAGGGGGAAACCGCUUCUUUGACCCUCAGGACAAAUUCUCUUUCGAGUUUGACCACCUGCGUGGGGUAACCAGCAAACCCCAGCUGCACGGUGUGAUGCUAGAUGAGGGGGAACUGUGGCGAGAGGCCCUCCACAAGGGCUUGAAGGCCUACGUGAGCUGCCAUUUUCCUGCAGGGAACUGCUGCGUGUUCAAAAAAAGCCUGGGGAAGAGGCAGCUGUUUGGGGCCUGCAUUGAGGCUCAUCAGUACCAGCCUUCAAAUCACUGGAACAGCCUUUGGAAGUCAGACUGGACUUUUGCCCUGACUCCAUUUACCACUCAGGUUACAGGGAUGGUUCUCCUCCAGAUACACUACUUCAGAAAUGCCAACCUCCAUGUAACCGUCAGCAAGUCCGUGAGUGAGACUCUAAAUGUGAUAGAUCAAAGUCAGUUUGCCACAGAUUUUGUGAAAUUUUUGAAAGUUCAGGACACCAAGUUUCAUACUGCCAUUCUGGAAGACAUUCAAGCUUUGUCAGAGGAUAUAUGGGGGAAAAAUCUGCGGAGGAAACUCCCUGUUACUCGCACUUUUAUGAACUGGAAUAAACUAUUGAAUGAUCAGCAUCUGAACACCAAAGUCUCCAAUACAGAAGUGCCUCCAUGCUUACUGAAACACACUGAUAUGGUGGCCUAA